UAUAUAUGCAUCUAUCACCAUUUGUAUUUGUAAAGAAGACUACAUCCUCACCUCUCUCCUUUGGAGAAUAAGAGAGUAAUAAAAAUGCCUUGUUCAGUUCAGCUGCAGAGAAUCAACCCCACAACCACCACCACUCUCGCCGGAAACUUCCACAAACCGCCUCAACCGACAUGUAUUAUCCCGGUGCAGUUCUCCGUCCCUAAUAAUCACUUACAUUACCACACCCACGCUGUAAGCCCCAACCAGUGCUGCUCUGCCGUGGUGCAGACGAUCUCCGCCCCGAUCCACGCCGUAUGGUCACUAGUCCGCCGAUUCGACAACCCGCAAGCGUAUAAGCAUUUUCUCAAAAGCUGCCACGUCAUCGUCGGAGACGGGAACGUCGGCACAUUAAGGGAGGUUCAGGUAAUUUCCGGCCUCCCAGCCGCCUCUAGCACGGAGAGAUUGGAAAUCUUAGACGAUAAGGAACACGUGAUCAGUUUCAGCGUCGUCGGCGGAGAUCACAGGCUGAACAAUUACAGAUCGGUGACGACGCUGCAUCCGGCGGAUGAUGAAAACGGAACAGUGGUGGUGGAAUCGUACGUAGUAGAUAUUCCAACAGGGAAUACAAAGGAAGAAACGUGUGUAUUCGUUGAUACAAUUGUACGUUGCAAUUUGCAAUCGCUAGCGCAAAUCGCAACUGCAAAUCGCUGAAAACACGCCCUACAACUAAUUUGUAAUCAUGGUGACUAUUUAAUUUUGUAUAUUUCAUUUAGUCCUUUGAUUGAUUUUUUUUUCUGGAGUGAUAGAUCGAUGAACUUUUUGCUUAGGUGUAAUCACCUUAGGUUAUCUCCUAAGUUUCAUUUAUUAGUGAAAAAAAUCUCCAAUUUCAGUUGAAUGUUGCUGUUCGAAUUUAUUUUUUCCUUCACAAUGAUAUACUGUAAUAUUAAAUUAUGUGUACAGUGUUGCUAUAAUUUAGUUAA